AUCGCAUCUAUUACACCACUUUUUGUAUAUCUUUUUCUCUGAAAUGAAAUGCACCUAGAUAGGAUAUCCACAAAACAAGUCUCUAUUAUUUUGUUGAAUAGAAAACAAAACGUUAAACAAGUGUUUAUAUCAAAGAAAGAAAACAACGUACGUUAUAUCUCCUUUGCAUUUUGUAUAUAUCUUAUAUGACUACUAGUAGUAGUUACUAGUUAGUAAUAACUAAUUCAAAUCUCCUGCAACCUCUGCUGAGAUACCAAAAACAGCCAUGAUUGCCGCUGGAGCUUGUUUCUCCUCGCUUUUCCGCCGCAAGCAGCCGUUUCAGGCCUUGAAACUUAAGUCAGGCAGUAUACGGAGCAUAACCUCUGCUCGGUUUGCCAUGUCAAUCAACAGUGUUGGAGCAAUGGAGGAGAAGCAGAGACUGAGCGGUUGGAAGGAAUACUUGGAGCAAGCGAAAGAGGUGAUAAAAGCAGACGGUGGACCUCCGCGGUGGUUUUCGCCGUUAGACUGCGGUUUGCCGUUGGAAAAUUCUCCGCUGAUGCUGUUCUUGCCAGGAAUUGAUGGCGUGGGUUUGGGACUUGUUUCGCAUCAUCGCAAACUCGGAAGGUUAUUUAAUUUCUGGUGCUUGCAUAUUCCAGUUGCCGAUCGAACACCAUUUACAGACCUUGUGAAGUUAGUUGAGACAACUGUUAAGUUAGAGUAUCAACGUUCACCAAAUAGGCCCAUUUAUCUCGUCGGAGAAUCUCUAGGAGCCUGCCUUGCGCUGGCUGUUGCCGCUCGUAACCGUGAUGUUGAUAUUGUACUAAUUUUGGCAAACCCAGCUACUUCUUUCAGUAGGUCCCAGGUGCAACUUCUAACACCAUUGUUGGAUGCUUUGCCUGCCUCACUCUCUCCUGCUCUGCCUAACAUUCUCAGUUUGAGUGCAGGCGACAUUCUGAGGACGGUGUUCGAUAACACUGUGAAAGGACUACCACUACUAAAUGCAGCAAGAGAGCCACUAGGCAAUUUUACUACAUUUGCAUCAUCUCUUCCUGUUCUUACAGACAUUUUACCAAAAGAAACAUUUUUGUGGAAACUAAAGAUGCUUAAGUCUGCUUCAGCAUAUGCUGAUUCACGCCUAUAUGCUAUCAAAGCUCAGACUUUGAUACUUUGCAGUGGAAAGGACCAGUUACUACCUAGCCAACAGGAAGGUGAAAGACUACGUCAGUUACUGCCUAACUGUGAACUCCGUAAAUUUGAUGACAGUGGCCAUUUCCUAUUCUUGGAAGGCAGCCUUGACCUAGUAACUAUAAUCAAGGGAACUUCUUACUACCGGCGUGGCAAGUAUCAUGACUAUGCUUCGGAUUUCAUACCGCCUACACGAGAUGAGGCCAAUAAAAUAAUAGAAUCAUACAGUUUGUUUAACUUCAUCACUAGCUCUGUAAUGCUUUCAACUUUGGAGAAUGGAAAGAUUGUAAAGGGCCUUGCUGGAAUUCCUUCCAAGGGGCCUGUUUUGUUAGUUGGGAACCACAUGCUGCUAGCAUUGGACAAAGUUUCCUUGUUAUCUCGAAUUUAUACUGAGCAAGACAUCAUUGUUCGAGGAAUGGCACAUCCCUUAAUGUUUAGGAGACAGAAAAGGGGAAGAUUGCCAGAAGUAUCUUCUUUUGACUGGUUAAGAGUUAUGGGUAUUUUUCCUGUAACAGCAACUAACCUUUUCAAGCUUUUUUCUUCCAAGUCACAUGUCAUAUUAUUUCCUGGAGGAAUUCGCGAGGCUUUUCAUAGGAAGGGUGAAGAAUACAAGUUAUUCUGGCCUGAACAAUCUGAGUUUGUCAGGAUGGCUGCCAGAUUUGGAGCCAAAAUCGUACCUUUUGGUUCUGUUGGAGAAGAUGAUCUUGGUCAAGUUGUGGUUGAUUACGAUGACUUGGUAAAGAUUCCUUACUUCAGGUCUGAAAUAGAAAGCCUUACAAAUGAGGCUGUGCAGUUGAGGGCUGGUGUUGGUGGUGAGGUGGAAAAUCAACAAGUGUAUCUGCCUGGAGUUUUGCCAAAAGUUCCGGGCCGGUUCUACUAUUAUUUUGGAAAACCAAUUGAAACCGAAGGAAGGAAACAGGAACUUAAGGACAAGGAGAAAUCUCAAGAAUUAUAUUUUGAAGUGAAAACCGAGGUAGAGAGAUGUAUUGCUUAUUUGAAGGAAAAACGAGAAAGUGAUCCCUAUAGAAGUAUAUUGACUCGGUCAUUAUACCAAGCUACACACGGUCCUGCAUCUGACAUUCCAACUUUUGAAAUUUGAUUGUUCCACAGAGAAAAUGGUAAGUUCUAAUUUAUCCAUAAAAUUUAGAUUUAGGUUAGAGGGGCAAACAAUGUAAACUGUGAAUAGUUUCAGGAAUUGCUUUCUUGCCAGAAGGCAUGAUAGCUCAUAGAAGGUUGAACAAUUGUGCUAAUCUCCCUAUAGUUUAAAUAAAAAAGAAGCAAAUGAAUAAAUUACAUGAUUGGGAUAGGAACAUACUCAAGUUGCAUGUAAAUUUGUAAAUUUUUAUUCUAGGAUUAUGGCAUCUUGAACCAUGUACGAGGUAUCAAUGUAUCAUUCUCUACCAUAGUGAAACUAUAUGUCUAUAGUCUAUAUUCAUACACCAGAAGUGUUUGGAUUUCAUUCUAAGGCUUUCUAUGGUUGGUUUUUAGUUUGGAUGAUUGUUUGCGUUGAUAAGUCUGAUACUUAUGAACCUUUGGUUUGUGUUUAUGCCAUUUUCUCCAACUCAGAUCAACUUUUGAGUUGAGAUAUAUAUAUUUUUAAUUCAUAAGCUAAGGUUCCGUUUGCUUUAUAAAACUGUUGUCUUAUUUUUUAAAACAGAAAUGAUAGUUUUACACUGCGGAUGACACUUACACAGUAUACCUAUUCAGUUUUGGUUUUUCAGAAUUUUAAUAAUUAUAUACAGUAGGGAUGACACACUAACACAUGCUUAGCUAUGUUGUAUUUCUAUAUGGUGUAGAUGUAAAAUGAUAAAUUUUUGGUGUAAAGAUAGCACCCUCUUUUUAAAAUAAAUCUUCAAAUAGUCGGUAGAAAAACCAAAUGAUCAAAUUAUAACAACGUCAAUCAUCAUUAAGACAAAUUCAACAUACAAGACAACACCAAAGAAAAAUAUAUCUUCAAAGAGCAGGUAGUUGAAGCACUUAUCUGUACGGGUGUUCAACACAAUUCACAAUUCGUUCUGGUACGUGGUACGAAUUCGGGUUCGCGGUACGCAACUCUAAAAAAAUUUAAGAGAAUUUCUUCACCCACCUCCCAACCUUCGUGGCCACCUCCGGUGAAUUUACCAC